AUGACAGAUAAUGAACCGAGUAAAAAACAAAAGUUUCGUCAAGAAACAAAAGACGAACGACGUGUUCAAUUUAAAGAACGUCGUCGAAAAAAAGCCGAAUCGAAACUAGUAGGAUUUCGUCAAUCGACACAUUAUAUUGAUUCAGCAUUAACCAACGAAUCCAUUUAUUAUAUUGAUCCAGAAUCACCUAAAUUACGAAAAAUUUAUCCAUACUUUUUCACAUGGAUAACACAUGCAAAAGAACGUUGGUAUGGACGAACGAUUGAAGAUAUUUUUCAAUAUGAAUUUCGUCGUUCUAUAUUAAAACAAAAUUUCGAUGAUAUCAUACGUAACGGUCUUGUACGUAUUAAUGGGCAAUGUAUAGAGAAAGAUUAUAUUAUGAAAAAUGGUGACAAACUUGAACAUUUUACACAUCGACAUGAAGUACCGGUGAUUAAUCAAAAAUUUAAUAUUCUAAUUAACAAUGAUGAUUAUUUAGUUAUUGAUAAACCAUGUUCCAUACCUGUUCAUCCAUGUGGAAAAUAUCGAUUUAAUACUGUAUUAGCAAUUCUAAAUUAUGAAUAUCAAUUAUCUAAUCUUCGUACUGUUCAUCGUUUAGAUCGUAUGACAUCAGGUAUAUUAAUUAUGGCGAAAUCAGCUGCUAAAGCACGUGUCAUUGAUUUUAAUGCUGAUCGUUCAUCAACGAAUAGUGUCGAUAAACUUUAUCUAUGUCGUGUACGUGGUGAAUUUCCUUACGUGGAUCAAAUUGUUCGUGUUGAUCAACCACUUGAAACAUUUUCAUUUCAAAUUGGUCUAACGAAAAUCGGUGGUAACAAACAAUGUCAAACAUUGUUUCGUCGUGUUACAUUUGAAGAAUUAAAACAGCAACAAGAAAUUCAUGGAAAAUAUAUUUUUGAUUUAAAUAAUGAAAAUAUUGAAGUCACAAUCGAUGAAUCAUUACAUCAAUUUUUGGAUCAAGAUCAAACAAAAACAAGUUUAGUUUUAUGUCGACCAUUAAGUGGUCGAAUGCAUCAAAUUCGUGUUCAUUUACAAUAUUUAGGUUUUCCAAUUGUUAACGAUCCUCUUUAUAAUGCGUCCGAUAUUUGGGGUCCGUCCAAUGGGCAAUAUGGUCAUUAUGAACAUUCAAAUGAAUAUGUUAUUGAAACAUUUAUUAAACGACAUAGUUGUGAAUAUUGGUUAUUAAACGAUAUUGACAAUGAAGAUGAAGCAAUUAAUUCGAAUGGUAAACGAAUCGUGGAAGAAGAAGAUGAUGUUAAACGAAUUAAAACUGAAGAAACAACAACAACAACAACAACGAUUGACGUUAAUGAUGAUAAUGCAGUUAAGGCAUACAUAAAAGAACAUUGUUAUGAAUGUUUAAAUCGUUUUCGUGAACCAUCGCCGGAUGAUCUUGUUAUGUUUUUACAUGCUUUACAAUAUAAAAUUUCCGAUGCGACUACUUUUACUAGUCCAUUACCUGAGUGGGCUCAGAUUUGA